AUGCAAGGACACCACUUUGACGGAACGCCGUUAGAUGCGCCAACGGGCCUGUUCUCAGGUUGGGAGCACACCAUCUACCGCGAGAAGAAGACCACGCUGAACUCUCUUCCGGAGUCGCAGGUGGUUCAGCUCGAAGAGGUCCCGCUUCCAGUAGAGAAGAAAGGCACGGAGCAGGCCAAUAGCGCGGAGGCCUGGUUCUCUGCAAGGGUACCUGGCUUCACGCCUCCGAGCUUUCAAUGCUUUGCAAUCUCGCGGGCAUAUAGAAUCAAGGCGAAGAUCGGGAUGCAUAUUGGGGAGAAGAAGUUUGAACAUGAGGUAGAGAGCUACGUGAGAAGUUUGGGGAGUGCAAUAUGA